UCAUCCAGCGGGGACGCACUCUCGGUAUUUACAGAAGAGCUGCUGAGCUGCGUGCAUCGCUGCGGGAGCCCUGCAGCGCGACGUACCCGCGCUCUGCAACCCCGAGAGUCAUGGCGCCCUUGUCUUUGCCCCUCGCGUCUCUCCUGAAGCACAGUGACUGUCUGCAGAAGGCGAAGGCCUUUUGUAACGUGCUACAGAGUCCACAACACCGGCCGUUCACGUCUCGCUCGUGGAGACGGAGCCCCGGUGCGGUGGCCCGCGGAGCCGGUCACUUACUGUCACGUCAGCCCGGAUCCCCGAACUACGCGGCGCGUGUCUUCCGCUGCUCGUCGGGGGCUCAGGACACGACAGAGAGGCUGCGGUCUGUUUACAAUGAGACCAAAAGGCAGACGCAAGAUUUGAUCCCAGCCAUUCUCGCCAACUCCAUCAACCCGGACACCAUUUUUGCAAACAAUGAGAUGAGCCUCAGAGACACCGAGAUCUACGGCUUCGACUAUGACUACACCCUGGCUUUCUACUCCAGGGACCUGCACACCCUGAUCUUCAACAUAGCGCGGGACAUUCUCAUCACAAACCACAAUUAUCCAGAGGGUCUGAGAAACUACGAGUAUAUUCCAAAUUUUGCCGUGAGAGGACUUCACUACGAUGUUCAGAAGGCGCUGCUGAUGAAGAUCGAUGCCUUUCACUACAUCCAGUUGGGAACCGUAUACAGAGGUCUUCAUCCCGUCCCUGACGAGGAAGUCAUCGCCAUGUACGAAGGCUGCCAUGUACCUUUGGAGAACAUGAGCGACUUCUAUGGGAAGAGCUCCCACGGCCACACCAUGAAACAGUUCAUGGACAUAUUCUCCCUGCCCGAGAUGACUCUCCUGUGUUGUGUCAACGACUUCUUCAUGAAGCACAACAUCGACUAUGAGCCGGUGCAUCUCUACAAAGACGUGAAGGAAGCUAUUCGAGAUGUUCACGUCAAGGGCAUCAUGUACCGCGCCGUGGAGGCAGAUAUCGGGAAGUACAUUUGCUAUGGUGAGCAAAGCCACGCUGUGCUGAAGAAGCUGUCAGAGCACGGAAAAAAGAUGUUCCUCAUUACCAACAGCCCAUUUGACUUUGUGGACCGAGGAAUGAACUACAUUGUGGGGAAGGACUGGCGAGACCUUUUUGAUGUUGUGAUCGUUCAGGCUGACAAACCUGGUUUCUUUAAUGACAGGAGAAAACCUUUCCGGCGAGUGACCGACAAAGGUGGGUCGCUGUGGGACAGGAUUCACUAGUUGGAAAAAGGGAAGAUCUACAAACAGGGAAACCUUUAUGAGUCCUGAGACUCACGCUGGAGAAGAAUCAAAGUGCUUUACUCGGCGGAUCACAUCUACAGCGAUUUGCAGGAUCUGACUCUGAAACAUGGCUGGAGGACGGGCGCCAUUAUCCCCGAGCUGAGGAAGGAGAUCAAGAUUAUGAACACGGAACAGUACAUGCACAUGAUGGCGUGGUUACAGGCGCUGACGGGCCUCAUUGAACAGAUGCAGGUGCACAGGGAUGCCGCCUCUCAAGCUGUCGUGGAGGAGUGGAUCAAGGAGAGAGAAGACAUGAGGUCGCAGACGAAGGACAUCUUUAACGCUCAGUUCGGGAGUCUCUUCCGGACGUACCACAACGCCACCUAUUUCUCCCGCCGACUCUCCCGCUUUGCUGACAUCUACAUGGCCUCCAUCAGCUGCCUGCUCAACUAUGACUUCCAGCACACCUUUUUCCCUCGGCGUACCCCUCUGCAGCACGAGGGCCCCUUCUGGCCUGAACACAGCCCUGGUGGCAUUAGCGUCUCCCCACAACUCAGCAAGAUGAACGUAGACUCCGAUUAAAAUGAGGGAGACUUAGAUUGGAUGAUGGUCCAUUGCAGACUUAAUUACACUAUUCAUUUUAGAGAUCUAGAAAUAUACAACAUGCAUGCCACAUUUUAAGAGAUGUUUAGCUGGCAAUGAUCACCCUUGACUGUUGUUAGUUUAGCAUGAAACUAGUUAGUUACGAACCUCCUCUCAAAGAUUGAUGUCUUUUAAGAUGACCAGUGGAUUAGUGCUUUUUAAGCUAAAUGACACGUAGACAGAAGGAGCACUGAGACGUUUUAAUUUUAGACACUUUGUACUUAUAUUUAUGUCUUACCGAAUUUGAAACGUGUGUGUGUGUGUGUGUGUAUAAGAGAGGUACUGUAUAUUGAAAAAUGGUGCAAAGAUGCUGUAUGUACACAGUCCAAACAACAGGGGGCAGUCACACAUCAUCUCAGUCAUGUGUCUACAGUAUGGAUUGAAGAUUACCUUUGCAUUUCUCUAUGCUUCACAUCUAUAACAUUACGCGAGACUGACCGUGAAAUGGUAAUACUCGGGUGUGACCUUUCACGUUUCAAACUGUUGCCUUAAUCUACUUUGUUACAUUAAAGCAGUGUGUGUAUUUUUGCACUAGUCCAUCAUAGUCCGUUGCAUCUUGGUACAUCUCAUGUGAUGUGAUACAUGCCGCACAUUUAUGAUCGGAGAUCUUUGUAUUGAAUAUUGAAUUUUCUUAUGUCCAUGUUUUAGGAAAUGCAAAUGUUCUUUUAGGAGUGUUGCCGUUUGACCGGAAAGGCCUCAUUUGUUUUAAGUUUCACACCUCUGCAGAACAUGCAAGAAAUGUUUUCAUAUGUGCUGGAAAGACGGCUUAAAUAUGUAUUUGACAUCUAAUUUGGACAUGAGGAACUCUAGAAUAGCUGUGGCCAGAACCAAAACCUCAUUGUUUAUUUGUGUUUCUGUAGUUGAAAUAUGAAGUGUCAUUUUGUUUCACUGUUUAUUAAACGUGAAUAGGGUUUAAUGA